UCGCGCAACGAUCCACUGCGCCUCGACCGUCCAGAUGAUGGACUACGCGACCGUCGAGGACGAUCCUCCAAAGACAGGUAUAUGAGCGAGAGGGAAGAGAAUGACGAGCGCAGGGCCCGCAGAUCCAAAGAUAUCGCCGACGAAGACGCAGGCAACGGGGGCAGUGACAAGGCCAGUGCUAACGGAAGCGAGCGCAGCAGGCGUCGAAGCCGCUCCCCACGACCAGAGGGUCGCCGCGAAAACCAUCGCUCUCGCGAUCGCCUAGACCGCGCAGGUGGAGACUACUACCGUGGCGGUGGCCGCACGUCUCUUGACGAUGAUCGUUACCGACCACGUGAGCGCGACGAUCGUCGACCUCGGGAUCGCGACGACCGACGUGGUGGCCGCGACCGACACUGCGAGCGGAGACCAUCGCCUCACCGUGGAACCAAGCGUAAGACGCCAGAACCUACUGAUGAUGAGCGCGACAGACGCACAGUUUUCGUGCAGCAGCUUGCUGCCCGUCUUCGCUCACGCGAAUUGAAAGAGUUCUUCCAGCAAGUCGGCGAUGUGGUUGAUGCGCAAAUUGUGAAGGAUCGUGUUAGCGGCCGCUCCAAAGGUGUUGGUUACGUCGAGUUCAAAGAAGAGGAGUCAGUCCAAAAGGCCAUUCAACUCACCGGACAGAAAUUAUUGGGCAUCCCUAUCAUCGCUCAGCUUACCGAAGCAGAAAAGAACCGACAAGCUCGCAACACCGAAGGAACUGCCACUCAGUCCAACGGCAUUCCAUUCCACCGCCUCUACGUCGGCAACAUUCACUUCUCUAUUACAGAGGAUGACUUGAAGAACGUCUUUGAGCCUUUCGGCGAGCUUGAGUUCGUGCAACUGCAGAAAGAGGAGGCCGGUCGCUCCAAGGGCUAUGGCUUUGUGCAGUUCAUCGACCCCGCUCAAGCAAAGGAAGCGCUCGAGAAAAUGAACGGCUUCGAGCUUGCUGGUCGACCCAUCCGUGUGGGUCUCGGUAACGACAAGUUCACUCCCGAGUCCACCAAUUCCCUCCUUCAGCGCUUUGGCGCUCAGGCUCAACAAGCACACAAUUUCCAGGGUUCCCAAUUCUCCGGCAUGGGUGGUCGGGGUGCUCACGCUGGUGGUACAGGCAACUUCGACAGGCCAGCUGCUCGCGAUGUCGACAAGACUGGCGGAGCGUCCGCACUUGACGACACCGACGUCGGCGGUGUCAACUUCAGCAACUACAGCCGUGACGCUCUCAUGCGCAAGCUGGCCCGAACUGACGAACCUGAGCAGAAGAUGGCACCAAAGACUCAACAGAAGAAGCCUGUCGUCGAGCAGGCAGCUGCCACUCGCUGUGUCUUGAUCAAGAAUAUGUAUGAUCAGAACACUGAGACCGAUCCAAACUGGCAGAAAGAACUCAAAGAAGACGUCAAAGGAGAAUGCGAGGCAAAGUAUGGCAAGGUUGUCCACAUUGACUUGGCUCUAGACAACAAUGACGGCGAGGUCUACGUCAAAUUCGACCGCGUUCAAGGUGGCGAGAACGCCUUCAAAGGCCUCAACGGUCGCUGGUUCGGCGGACGCAUGUUGACUGCUCAAUACGUGGUCGACGCCGUCUACCACAUGAACUUUCCGAAG